AUGUCAAUCUUUGUCUCUUUUGUGCUUCUUUUGCUAUGUUUUUCUUACUUGAAUUAUUGCUGUAAUGCUCGAAGUUUUGGGGUUCUUGGAAAGGAUGAUGCUGCAAAUGGAGAAUUUCAAAACCCUAUUGACAAGAGAAAUGAGGGUUUGAAUCCAACUAGGGUUUCCGAACAAAGAAACUUUUCGACGCCCAGUGAUGGAAAGAAAGUAAGAAGAUUCGAGGUUCAUGGUGAAACCUCGGAUCCUAUUGCAAACCAUGUUAGGACAAAAGGGGCGCAUGUUUCGACUAGAAAAGAGUCGGUAGAUUCAGUGGUAUCAUGGCAAGUUCCUCACAAGAAAAGAGGUGAACAAGAACCGGGGUUUAAUUUGGACUACUUGCCGCCAAAGACACACCCACCCACCCACAAUUAGGCUUCGAUUCUAUCAAAUAAUUUUGCCUCGAUCAUAAAUGGUAAUGCGAUGAAACCCUAACUAGA